AUGAGCGCCAAAGUCCCCGACGAGACCACAGGUCUGGCCUCGCAAAGCACAACCCCGUCCAACGAUAACAACACUACCUCUGCCGCCUCGUUGCCAACCAUUGGCAGCCUAUCCGUCGCUGCUCUUCAUCGUCAUCGAAACAUCAAUAAUCGCUCCGCACCCCCCGAAUCUGAUCACAUCACUAUGGGUGGCGGACGUCAGGUCAAGAGCAAGAGCUCUUACCCCACCCUCGCCCAGCGCCCCGUCGGCCAGCACAUAUCCAAGAUCUACAAGGACAGAAUUAAGGUCUUCUACUCCACCGGUCAGUAUGAGAAGCAGAACCUCUUGUCACUCAUGAACGAGGCCGUCGCCUCUGGUGAGCCCAGCGUCAAGCUCUCGACAUGGGCCGCCCCCGACCUCGAGCGCACCCCUUGGCGGGACGCUGUCAAGAACAAGUUCACCAAGACCAAAGUCGGCGAGUCGUUCGGGCCUUCGUGGUCGACACACUGGUUCAAGGUCCAGCUCACCGUGCCCGAGGACAUGCUGGACAAGGAGCGGCUUGAGCUGCACUGGGAUGGGUCCAACGAGGGCGCCGUGUACGACAAGGAUGGCAACAUCCAGCAAGGCCUGACGGGUGAUGGCGAGCGUAUCGAGUGGAUCAUUCCCGAUGCCUUCCGCGACGGCAAGGAACAUAUAAUCUACGUCGAGAUGGCCUGCAAUGGCAUGUUUGGCAACCCCCGCGGCGACACCAUUCAGCCUCCCAACCCUGACAAGCAGUUUGUCUUGAAGAAAGCCGAGAUUGUCGCCGUCAACCUCGACGCUCGUAUGCUGCACAUUGACAUCUGGAUCAUUGGCGAUGCAGCCCGCGAGUUUCCCGAAGAGAGCUGGGAACAGCACAGGGCACUCAACGUUGCCAAUGCCAUCAUAGACACCUUUGACAAGGGCCCGAAGAACAGGGACACGCUCAAAAAGUGCCGUGCGAUUGCGCGCCAGUACCUCGGCGACAAGGUCGACUCGCACGAGGUCUACAGCUCCGACAAGGACAUCCAGGUCUACGGCAUCGGUCACUGCCACAUUGACAGCUGCUGGCUCUGGCCCUGGGACGAGACCAAGCGCAAGGUCGCCCGCUCCUGGUCCAACCAGUGCACGCUCAUGGACCAGUAUCCCGAGCUGAACUUUGCCUGCUCCCAGGCUCAGCAGUACAAGUGGCUCAAGACCCUCUACCCCUACGCCUGGGACCGUGUCAAGAGCAAGGUCAAAUCCGGCCAGUUCCAGCCCAUCGGCGGCAGCUGGGUCGAGCACGAUACCAACAUGCCCAGCGGAGAAUCUCUCGUUCGCCAGUUCCUCUACGGCCAACGCUUCUUCGAGAACAACUUUGGGGAGCGCUGCCAGACGUUCUGGCUCCCCGACACCUUUGGCUACUCGGCACAGCUUCCCCAACUCUGCCGGCUCGCCGGCAUGGAGCGCUUCCUGACCCAGAAACUGAGCUGGAACAACAUCAACAAGUUCCCGCACACAACCUUCAACUGGGUCGCCCUGGAUGGGAGCCAAGUCAUCUGCCACAUGCCUCCGGCCGAGACAUACACCGCCGAGGCGCACUUGGGCGACGUGAAGCGCAGUGUCUCGCAGCACAAGUCCAUGGACCAGGACCACACCUCGCUGCUCGUCUUUGGCAAGGGAGACGGCGGUGGUGGCCCGACCUGGACCCAACUCGAGAAGCUUCGUCGCUGCCGCGGCAUGGCUGACCAGGUUGGCAUGCUGCCUAGGGUGCACAUGGGCAACAGCGUCGAGGACUUCUUCGACAAGCUGCAGAAGAAGGCCACCUCGUUCGUCACAUGGUACGGAGAACUGUACUUUGAACUCCACCGCGGUACCUAUACCACACAGGCCAACAACAAGGCGAAGAACCGCAAGUCUGAAGUCAUCAUGCGCAAUAUUGAGUGGCUCGCCACCAUAGCAUCCCUGAAGGACAGCUCAUACAAGUAUCCCAAGGCUGCCAUUGAUGAGAUGUGGGAGGCCAUUCUGCUCUGUCAGUUCCACGACUGUCUUCCCGGCAGCUCAAUUGAGAUGUGCUACGAUGACUCCGACAAGAUGUACGCGCGUGUCUUUGAACUCAACGAGCAGUUGCUCAAGGAUGUGCACAAGGUCCUGGGCGUUUCCGAUGCCAAGGCGCCCCUCGCACAGUCGGUCGCCAUCAACACGCUGCCCUGGCACCGCAAGGAGCUCGUUGAGAUAUCAGAGACAGAGGUUGGCGUCGCCUGUGGCGAUGGCCAGAUGCUCGCACUUCGUGCCUUCAAGAGCGGUGAGGAACCGGCAGUCACGAUUGAGCAGGUUGACAAGGAUGUUUUUGUUCUGCAAAAUGACCACCUCCGCAUCCAAGUCGAGCAUGGCUGUAUCGUCUCCAUCUACGACCGUGUCGCCAAGCGCGAGGUCGUCGAGAAGGGCGGCAAGGCCAACCAGUAUGUCAUUUUCGAUGACAAGCCUCUGUACUGGCAGGCUUGGGAUGUCGAGGUUUUCCACCUCGACACGCGCCAGGAGCUGCCCUGCGGUGAGACGAGCAUCACAGAACAAAAGGCCCAUCGUGUCGGUCUCACGACGACGACGAAAAUCAGUGAGAACAGCUCCCUCAAGUCGACCAUCUUCCUUUCUGCCGCACUCAAGGGUGUGCCGUCGGCGAUUGAGUUCCAGGCCGAGGUCGACUGGCAUGAGACUAUGAAGUUCCUCAAGGUCGAGUUCCCCGUGAACGUUCGCAACACGGAGGCAUCCUACGAAACAGCGUACGGUAUCGUGAAGCGCCCGACGCACUACAACACCAGCUGGGACAUGGCCAAAUUUGAAGUCUGCUGCCAUCGUUUUGCCGACCUCUCGGAGUACGGCUAUGGCGUUUCUGUAAUCAACGACAGCAAAUACGGCUUCGCCACCUGCGGUAGCACCAUGCGCCUGUCCCUCCUUCGCUCGGCCAAGGCCCCCGAUGAGCAUGCCGAUAUGGGCAAGCACACCAUUCGCUGGGCGCUGCUGCCGCACGAGGGCGAGCUUGGGCCCACGACCAUCCGGGCCGCCCACGCCUUCAACAACAGACUGGCUGUGGUGUCCGCUCCCGCCGUCACAGCUGCGAUGACGUCGAGCCCCAUCAAGCUGUCGGGCGAUGCAAGCCUCGUGCUCGACACGGUCAAGCGUGGCGAGGACGAUGAGGACCUGGCCCACGGCGACCAGGAUGUCGGCGGCCACCUACAGAAGCGCAAGGGCCAGAGCGUCGUGCUGCGCGUCUACGACUCGAUGGGCGGACGCGGCCGCGGUACCAUCAAAUCGAGCUGGGACAUCAAGCGUGCCUUCAAGUGCAACCUGCUGGAGGACGACUUGGAGGAGCUCGAGGUGCGCGACAACUCGGAGAUUGACAUUGAGCUGCGGUCGUUUGAGGUGGCUUCGUUCCGUCUCCAGUUCUAG